AUGCUGCGCUCCACAAUACCACAAUUUCACUGCCGAUACCAGACCGUCCAGACCAGUAUACUUAUUGAGUCCAAUAUGAGCGCCACGUGCAUUCUGUUAAGCCUCGUCUUAAAUGUUUAUUUUCUUGCUCCAGUCUUUUCAGAUCAAAUUAACGCUACUGAUACAUGUGUUCAGUUGUACGAGAAAGGUGUGGAGGCUUAUUUAGAGAAUAACUGGGAAGACUGCGUGAAGAAUUUCGAAGAAUCGUUAGAGAAAUAUCGGAGGUACCGGAAAAUAUUACAAAAUUGUAGAUUAAAGUGCAAAACUGACGCUGAAUUGUCCGAACCGUUGUAUCCUGUAGAUAUAGACAAUUUGUUGUUUUACGAGAGAGCGAUACGGCAAACUUUGUGUAUUAUUGGAUGUGAAAAUGAUAAUCCGGAAAUCCUGAAGAAUUACAACGUUAAUGCAGAAGCGGAAAAGUUAUUCGAAGAGCAGAAGCCUUACGAAUAUUUACACAUUUGCUAUUUUCAGAUGAAAGACGUAGUGAAAGCUGCCUCAUCAGCAUUUACGUAUAUAGUUGAACAUCCUGAAGACAAAGUAAUGCUAGAUAACUUGAAAUAUUACACCGAAAUGGAUGGAGUUGAAAUGAAGGAUAUUGUGAAUUUUGAAGCCAAAGACUAUGUGUAUUUAUACGUUCAUGGAGCAGACGCAUACGAGGGUAAGCACUGGAGUACAGUGAUUGACAAUAUGGAAGAAAGUUUGAGUGCUUAUCUUCAAGCUGAGGAAGAAUGCAGGGCACAUUGUGAGGGGCCAUUCGAUCAUGGAUGGUAUCCAGAUUUCAUUCCAUCGAUAUCCAAUCAUUUCACGGUGAGUUUGAAAUGUAAGCAAAAAUGCAGAACAAGAUUAGGGUCAUUGAAUGGUGAAAUACAUGAUGAUUUGUUACCUAGUCAUUAUCAUUAUCUACAGUACGCAUAUUUCAAAGCCUGUAGAGCAGUGGCCAGUUAUUUGAUAUUUUACCCUGACGAUGACACGAUGCUCGAAAAUAUGAGAUAUUAUUCCAAGCUACCGAAAGUGAAUAGAGAUUUCUUCCAGCCCAGAGAUGAAGCAAUCCGAUAUGUCCAGAGACAUACUUACGAAACAAGGCUAAUGAAAUUCAUCAACCAAGAAUUCAAAACCAAAUCAUCAGCAGGGGAAGUUAGCGAGGCCCAAAAAUUUAAAUUUCAAAUCACGAUGCAAGAAAAGCAGCUAGGUGGUAAAAAAAGGUUCGUAUCUGACGGAGUGGCUUCAGAAGAAGAAUGUAGGUCUCUUAUUACAAUAGCAAAAUUGUUCGCUAGAGUAGGUGAUGGAUAUGAUGGAAAAAAGUCACCACAUACUGCUAUGGAAAAAUUUGAGGGGAUCACGUUGAGUAGAACAGUAUUUUUGACGUAUUUCGGUCUGCUCCAACCUAGGUAUCUUGAAAUCUAUUUGAAAGUAACUGGCGAACUUUUGAAGCCAAUUCAAGAAUACUUCGGAGUGCCAGAAAAAUUAUAUUUCUCUUAUACACAGCUUGUUUGUAGAUCAGCUUUGUCAGAUUCGCCAAAGGAGAGAACAGAUUUUAGUCACGAAAUCCAUGCUGAUAAUUGCAAUAUUUUGGACAACGGUACUUGUUCAAAAGUUCCACCAGCUUUCACUUGGAGAGAUUAUAGCGCCAUCUUGUAUUUAAAUGAUGACUUUGAAGGAGGAGAAUUCAUAUUUGCAGCUGAUAAAUAUGGAUCUCAAAUACAAAGUUCUAUCAAACCGACCUGUGGUAGAAUGGUAGCUUUCACUUCUGGUGCUGAAAAUUUGCAUGGUAUCAGAGCCGUAACGAAAGGUUCACGGUGUGCCAUAGGCAUAUGGUUCACUCAUGAUCCAAACUACGCUGAAGCCGAUAGAGCUGUUGCAGAAGAUGUUCUUGAAAACGAUCUGAAGUUCCAUCUGCUUCCAGCGGUUGAUAUCAGAAGUAAUAGUAGCAAGAGUAUGACCAAACCUGAGACCUAGUGUGGAGAUCUAGCACUCAAAGAAUUCAAUAUAUAGUAUUUAUCGAACUUUUUGUUACCAGUGGUUUAGUUCAAAUGGCGAUAGCUUGUUCAAUAAUAAUAGAAUAGGUACACCUACUCACAAAGAAUAUUUUAAACACUGCCUGCUUUCCUUAUCACUGAGUUUGAUGGAAGUUUUUUGUUCGGGUCUCAAAUUCGUAAUUACUACGGAUUAUAAGCUCUCAGAACCUAGGAAGUAAAUUAAGAAUAAUAGAUAGACAAAGGCAAAUUUGAUAGUGAAAAUGUUGUUUGAUUUUAGAUUAAAUUGUGCUUUUUUUGUAACAGUAACAAACUGCUCCAAAAUAUUAGGGCCUGAAAUUACUUCCCAGAAUAAAAUGUUAUGUAUUCGUUUUUCUAAAUGAAAAUUGAAAACAAACUUACAGAUGAUUUUGUCGGAAUAUCUCCGACUAGAGCCUGUUAACGUGAGUAUUUUAGUGUUAAUUAUAAUUCAAUGAUUUUGAAUGUUUUGUGCCGUGUCUAAGACUUGUAGAAAAAUGUAGAAUAAUCCGCUAGAUUUAGAUUAUAAAAUCAUGCAGCUCGAUAGGCAUCUCCUCCAAAACUGUGUGGCAACAUAUUUUGUAUCGUCAGUAGAUAUAAGAUCCGUUUCAGUUAGCUAUAGUUGUAUUUGAUGAUUGCAAUGUGGAGUAAGUUUAUUUAAUGAAUGUCUGGUAGAAUGACAACAGCGCAAAUGCAAAAAUUUAUGAAACAUUGCGUUUUGAAUGAACACAUGACUGGUCUUGAAAGUGAAAACGCCUAGAGUUAUUAGACAUUUUUUACUUUUCUACCUCUUACUAUUUUUUAUUCUAUAUAAAAAGUCAGUAUAUUCGGAAAUGCUAGCAUAUAAGUAUACCUAACCAUCUAGGGGCGCUUCUAUUUGCAAAAUAAAUGUACCAAGUCCCUAUAUAGUACAUUUUUGAAAACCCGAAAAUAACUGUUAUUUUGUGUUAUUUCCCCCUGUUUCAUUGUUAAUAAUAAACAUUUUGAUUUGAAGAAAUA